AUGAAGCUCUUUUCAAUCGCCUUCAUGGCUUUGCUACCUCUGGCGCUGGCCGCCAAGUCGCUCAAGUCCGUUAUCGUCACUUUCCCAAAGGGAACUCCCUCCAAUGUCAUUGCUGAUGCAAAAAAUGCACUGGUAGCCUCGGGUGGCAUCAUCACUCAUGAGUACACUCUGAUCAAUGGGUUCGCCGCAGAGGCUCCUGUGAAUGCUCUUCAGACACUUUCCACAGAGUCUACCGAGUAUAAGCCGAUCAUCGAGGAGGACAAAAUAGUAACCGCGAACGGGGAAUUCGAGGGCCAGGAACAUGAGUUCUAA